AUGUCUAAAGAUGAACGAGAGAGCGGUGCAGAGGGCUGUCACUCGGGCAAUACUGCUGCUGUUCUGCAUGGUCACCAUCUGGAGAUUACCGGGGGGACGGAGGGCUACAGAGAGCACAGUGUGAUAACGGGUACCUGUGAGGUGGUGGCUCUGCAUAGGUGCUGCAAUAAGAACAAGAUCGAGGAGCGCUCGCAGACAGUGAAGUGCUCCUGCUUCCCGGGGCAGGUGGCCGGGACCACGCGAGCAGCACCUUCCUGUGUGGACGCAUCCAUCGUGCAGCAGAAGUGGUGGUGCCAGAUGCACCCCUGUCUGGAUGGAGAGGAGUGCAAAGUUCUCCCCGAUCUAAAAGGCUGGAGCUGUGCCAUGGGCAACAAGAUCAAGACCACCAGGAUUUCGUCGGACUGAGAUCAGCUGUGGUAAUGCUGAUCCGACUCAGAUGGGGGGUGCUGGAGAGUGGAUCCACAGAUGAAUAGUGAUCUCUUGGUUCAAUCUUUUUUUAUUGUCCUGGUCUGAUGGUUGUCCAGCAGAAGAAGCUUCUUUUUUUUGUAAAUACAGACCCAAGGACUCUAAGGACUGCCAUACCCCUGGCAGAUGGACACAUUCAUGGACAGUGAAGUGACUGCGAUUUGUGGUGCCAUGGGAUGUAUCCUGUCCUUUGAAGAGAACCAUUCUUUGUGUAGUGGGUGACAGAGGUGUGCUGUAUCUUUGCAUAUGCAAUAUUUGUCAAGCAAAAACACGAAAACGAAAAACUCUCAAGAGCAGAAGAACAAUCUCCUCCCUGGACUUCAUUGGGAGGGUGAAAGAAUCAAAUUAGCUGAAGUGGAGACGUAUAGAUGGGGACUGUGUACAGUACAUUUAGUUAGACACAGCGUCCUCCGACAUAUUUAUCACUGGGAGAUCAAACAAACUGGCCUGAACCCAGUGACGACUUGAAGGUCGAUGAAUGUUGAUGGUUUUGUUUCAUUUUUGUUGUCCUAAAUAAUGAUUAUUCGUUAUUUGAAUGUAAAGACGCGUAUAGUAGUUGUGUGAGAUGCAGCUCUUUCUGCUCAGUUACUCCUUGGGUCCCAUAGCAAGGCCUGGGUGAAGGUGAUGAUGUCAUCUUUUGUAUCUGUCCAUUUUCUCCCCAUUGUUAGCUGGUUACUUUUAAGCUGGUGUCAUUAUGGCUUCCAUCCUUUGUGCAAUGAUAUUAUAAAUCAGUAAUAAAUUAUUGUUGUGAC